CAACGAAUGGUUUUGCCCAUGGACUCGCUCCAGCACUCCUAGCACACAAGAGGACUACAAUAUACAGAUUUUUGUUGUCUGUCAGCCAACGUCUGUUUUUUGUUUAGUGGCUGUAACACGAAGCAGGCACUGUUAAAGUCUUGUAAACAGUCCGGUAACUGGAGGGCUUCUGCAAAGACUUCUCCAAACGGUGGCUGUGUCGUCCGGAUGAGAGCAGCAGAAGCUACACUGCCAGCGCUCGGAAUAAAUAAGGCAUUCCUACCCGCUUCCCUCCCCCCGUCCACCCCCUCUCCACCUUUCUCCUCCUGGGGAUGUAAAUAAGCUGGGGUUGUGCAGACCCUUGAGAAGUCCUCCUGCUCCCGCUCUUCCCAACCACUGCUGCCCCCUCUGACUUCCCUGCCCACUCAAACUCUGCUGCUGCUGCCGCCGCCGCUGCUGUUUAUGCAGCUGAAAGGUGCCAGGGAGAUGCUCAGAUGAUCCAUUGGGUCGUUGUGAACCACUUCGUCCACACAGCCCUAGACAGGGAAGACUAACUAGUGUGAGUGUGAGAGAGUCCUUGGGGGUGCUGCGAGCACCCUGUGAGGCCCGCCCACCUGCCAAGCCUGGCAGAAAGCUUGGCUUGUCCCUUUACUCCUCCAACCCCUGAGAUGCCCUCCCCUCCCAAUGAUGGAGAGGAUCAAGGAGCGUCCCCCGUGAACAGGCCAUCUGUGGGCUCCUACCAGAGCAGCGGGAAGAGGAAGGUGCACACCAAAAAGAAAAAAGGCACCAUUACCGCCAACGUCGCUGGCACAAAAUAUGAAAUUGUUCGUAUAAUCAUCAAUGAAAUGGACUUCAUCAAGACCCGUGAUGAUGAUGAGACUGCCAACCUCAUCUGGAAUGACUCAGCUGUGCAGCAUGAGAAAAUUGCUGAGCUCAGGAAUUAUCAGAGAAUUAACCAUUUCCCUGGGAUGGGCGAAAUCUGCCGAAAAGACUGCCUAGCAAGAAACAUGGCCAAAAUGAUCAAGUGCCAGCCUCAAGAGUACAGCUUCAUACCCAAAACCUGGAUCUUCCCUGCUGAGUACACUCAGUUCCAGAACUACGUCAAAGAGCUACGCAGGAAACGCAAGCAAAAGACCUUUAUAGUCAAACCUGCCAACGGAGCCAUGGGUCACGGGAUCUCACUUAUCCGUAACUGUGAGAAGCUGCCAGCGCAGGAGCACUUUAUCGUUCAGGAGUACCUAGACAAGCCCUUCCUGAUGGAGGGCUACAAGUUUGACCUGCGGAUCUACAUCCUCGUCACUUCCUGCGACCCUCUCCGCAUUUUCCUUUACAACGACGGCCUCGUGCGUAUGGGCACAGAGAAGUACCAUGCACCCAGCGAAGCCAACCUGAGCCAGCUCUACAUGCAUCUGACCAACUACUCGGUCAACAAACACAACGAGAACUUUGAGCGAGAUGAGACGGUGGACAAAGGCAGCAAGAGGUCCAUCAGCUGGUUCACCGAGUUCCUCCGCACCAAUGACUAUGAUGUGGCCAAAUUCUGGGGCGACGUCUCUGAGCUGGUGGUGAAGACAUUAAUAGUAGCUGAGCCCCACGUGCUGCACGCCUACCGCAUGUGUCGCCCUGGCCAGCCACCGGGGAGUGACAGCGUCUGCUUCGAGGUCCUGGGCUUCGACAUUAUCCUGGACCGCAAACUCAAACCCUGGCUAUUGGAGAUCAAUCGAGCUCCGAGCUUUGGGACAGAUCAGAAGAUUGAUUAUGAUGUGAAGAAAGGUGUGCUGCUCAAUGCCCUCAAACUCCUCAACAUCAGGGCGAGUGAUAAGAAACGCAACCUAGCCCAGCAGAAGGCAGAGGCUCAGAGACGGCUGUACGGACACGGAUCCAUGAAGAAACUCUCGGCUGCUUCCUCAGACUGGGAGAAACAACGUCACACGCUGGAGCGACGAAGAGAAGAGCUGAAAGAGCGGCUGGCACAGGUUCGCAAGCAGAUUUCAAGGGAGGAGCAUGAAAAGCAACAUCUGGGGAACUACAGACGUAUUUACCCCCCAGACGACAAGCUGCUGUUGGAAAAGUAUGAAAGCCUGCUCUCGGCCGCCUUUCAGACCUUCCUCGCCGGGCGAGCUGCCUCACUUCAAAAGGAAAUGAAUAAUCCUCUGAAACGAAUGAAGGAAGAGGACAUCCUGGAUCUGCUGGAACAGUGCGAAUUGGACGACGAGAAGCUGAUGGGCAAAUCCUCCAGGCAAAGAGGCCCUAAGCCCCUGACCGGCAUGCCAGAAUGCAGUCAGACUCCAAGACGUCAGCGACCAGACUACCUGGCCGACUUCACCAGCGGCAGCAGCGCCGAUAACUCCUGCUCCUCUUCAGACGAGGAGGAGGAGGAGAGGAGGAAGGCGGGAGGAAGAAGAAGUGGAGAGAAGCGAGGGGAAAAGAAAGUUUCCUACGACCUUGGCGAGAGCAAGGAGAAGAACUUGGCUGAGCGCUCAGGCCGCAUGCACUGGAAACCUCCAAUCAAGUCGCUCAAAACGAGCACUGCCCCAUCCGCGUCACCGUCGCUUUCUGGCCCAAUCCGGCGCUCCAUCUCGUGCCCUCGUUCCAUCGCCUCCCUGUCGUCACCAAAUGAAGUGCGGGCAUUGUCCACCAGGCCUUCCCCUACGGUUCCCGUGGCCACACCCCUCGUCAGGCCGAGCUCCGCCACGCUUCGCUCUCAUUCGCUGAGCCGCAGCGGCUCCGCUCACCGGGUGCCUCACAGCAACAGCCUGGGGACCAUCCACUCCAAUAUAGGCGAUCCGUUGAUAAAUCUGAGGAGUAAAGAGCAGGAGGCAGAGCUGGUGCGUCAGACCCUGGCAGUGCUCACCGCCAUGAGGAUUAGGUUUCCGGGCAAAACUGAAGAGGAGGCCGAGGGUGUGCUGGAUGAGAUUCUGGAUAACUGGAAAUAUCAUAAACCAAAGGUCGCCUCCUACUGGCUAGUGAAGCUUGACUCAACCAAACAGCGGAAGGUGCUGGACAUUGUACGUACCAAUGUGCGCUCAGUGCUGCAGCGGAUCUGGAAGGAGCCAGACGUAGAGAGCCUUCACCUCUACCGGCUUUUUAAUCGCGUCUUCAACAGGCUGCUCUGGAGCCACGGCCAGGGCAUGUGGAACUGCUUCUCCAACACCGGUUCAUCUUGGGAGACCAUCUUCAGCAAGAGCAGUGAGGUGGUGUCACCCCAGGAGCUGCAGUGCUGUCGCAGGCUGGUCCAGCUGUGCCGAGACUGCCUGUUGGUCGUCUACAAGUUUGUCUCAGAGUCUCGCGGUUCUUUGACCGGACUCAGCCCAGAGUGGGAUGACACCAGCUUCCCAUUUGCUGCUGGACCAACCUCUACCCAUGGCUCCACUCCUGCUGCUGUCGCUGCCGCUUCUUCCUCCUCCUCCUCCGUCUCUUCGCCCCUCGAUGCAGGUACUGGAACGCUGUUAGCAGGAGCUGCCUCACUGCUCUGUCUCGGUGGAAGGUGUCAUAGAAAAGUCUUAGAAAAGUACUGACGUCUAUGCCUCGGAAUGAUAGGUAUCUGCUGCCAGUGACCUCCCAGUUCAUCAUGAAGUGGCCUUCGUCCAGCUUUGGCAGCAUCUCCUCAGCCGUGCCACGCUCCCGUAACCUUUUUGCCGCCAGGAUGGGCCACUUCUGAGGUCACCGUGGCAACCCUGGCCUUUUGACCUCCCCCCUCCUCCCCAACCUCGCCUCCCUUGACUUUUUUAACCCAGCCAAACCCAGAUCUUAGGUAUCCUGGUAUAGAUCUGAAUUUGGUGCUGCUCUGGACCCCAGGAUGGGGCCUCGUUUUGGCCCAGUCUCCUUGUGGAAGAUCAACAAAGCAAGGCUGGAUGAUUUGGGAUCGCUAAAGGGAGCUGCUCACUCUGCUCAGCAGACCACCAUUACCCUCGGUCCCCUCCCUCUAGCCCCUCGAAUGCCAGGCGAUGGGCUUGCCCCUCGUUUCUCAUUGUAACUGCUGUAUUAUACUCACUGUACAGUUACAAGUCAUGGUACUGUAAAAGAAAAGAAUAACAAACACUAAAACAAUGCAAGGAUUAUUUAUUUAUGUACUUAUUUAUUUUCUAAGGUUUUUCCAUGACUGCAGUGAAUGCUGAUGCGUAAUGCACAUGGACUAACAAAGCUAUCCAUCAUUUAAAUUUAAAAAAAAGUGGAUGUACAAAUCUUAUUUUUGCCGACUAUAAUCAGUUAUUUUGUUUCCGUUUUCUGAAAUGUUGAAAUGUUAUUUAUUUCCUAACUUAUAAGAGAGGCUUUAUGUUAACAACGGUCACUUUACGUUCUAGCUUUUGGAGGUUUUUUUGCAGUCCAGAUGUGGUGCCCGGAGGACCCGAAAACGGGUCACCUUUUGAAUGCUAAUGCUUCAUGUUUUCCCUGUGUGAUAUUAUUAAGUGCAGCACUAUUGAGCAACACAACGGUUAGAAUGUCAGUGUAGUAAAGCCAAGCCUAUUUGCCUCUUUAGAGAAUGAGACGACUUUAAUGCCACAGCAUCAAGAGCCAAACCUCUCAGAGAGCGCACACCAGUUCCUAAUAUGCACUUUGCAGUUUGUAACAGAGAGAGAAAAGUGGCUGCACAUUAGUAGUGCUUGCAUGCCUAGAUUUUAGUCCCUUUAGACUCUGAUGUAGUGGUUAGACAAAGGAGCUGCGUUUGGAAUAUACUUGAAGUUCUGCGUUGACAUUAAUUAUUCUCGUCUUCUUUGUGUUUGGCUGCACCGAAAAGAAGACACUUCACUUUUAUAUUUGUCGUCUCGAGUUUGGAUGCGUUAGGGAUGACGAGGAUCUGUUGCACGAUUUAGAGAUUGUUCGACUUGCUGAAUUACUUGGCUGAUCUGUUCAAAUGUACUGUACUGUAACAGCAGAGAUUUGGCUGGGAUGAGCAGCUACAGCCUUUAUCCCCCACCCAACACCCCCCACCGCACUGUAGUUAAGUGCUCGGGAUUUCACAGAUGUGCCAAUAAUACGCACGUCUGCAUCAAAUGUUAGCUGACUUUUAUUUAAGGUUAAUGUGUCAUGAACUACUGUAAGCCUUCGGUUAAAUGAUUAAAUGUUAAUAGGGAGAAACAUUGUGUUCCAUGUUUAGUAGUUUACUGUGUGUACUAGCCCAUGAGUUGAUAACUAGAAUUUCAAAGAUGGUAGUCUGUACGCUACGGUACAGUGUGCAUUUUGUAACAGUUUUGACUAACAAGUGUAGCAGCAAUGCUGUGCUAAAUCUGCUCAAACUGAACUCUCCCCUCGUCCACAACAUCCGUUCAUAAUGCCAAACAUUUUUAUUUUGCCUGAUUGAUUUGUCUUAUUUAAGAGCCGGACUUUUUCAUUGGAGGUAUGAGAUUUUUAAUUUUACAUAGCAAUAAAAUAUUUAAACA